AUGAAAAGGCACGUGUGUUUAUCCGACAUAUUGACUGGUAACAAGAAGAAAGUAAAAAGGCAAGAUACUCUACAGAUCGCCAUUGAUGAGCACAACCACACUGACCCUGGCACUUUCAACGCCCAAACUGUCAAUCAUGGCGAUUCUUCAGUGAUAUUUUUGAAUCAUUCUAUUGUCAAGCCAAUUCAAGCUUCUUCAGCUAGUCGCAAAUCUGCAAAGGAGUUUUUGAUGAUGAAACACGGCAAAGAAAAGUGCGAUGAUGUGAACGACGAUCUUAUUGUAAUCAACGAUAAAGCCUCUCAAGAUGACAAUAAAUAUACCAUAAAUGCAGCUUCACUUGCACAAGAAGAUGAUGUUACUAUAAUCUCUACGUCAAGAAUCAAAUCAUCGCUUUUUAAUGAAAGAGCUUCAAGACUAAAGAAUCUUCCCAAGCAUGAAACAGUAGACACUUUUAAAAGACUAAAUAGCAUUUCCAAGCUGAGAGACAUAGAGCCACCGCUACCGUUAUAUCAAUCAGUUCAUCCUGAAGAUGAUAUAGAGCCGCUACAUGAGUCCGCGGAAAUUCCAUUUCCUUCCCGCACAGUGCCGUCUCAACAUCAUCAUUUCCUUCCUCGUGAUUAUGAAACACUUAAGGACAAGAACGCAACAUCCUGCAUUCACGUUCAUUAUCAAGCUACUAAAUUAUCCGGCACAAACAUCAAAAGAAGUACAAGCCUCACAUGGCCGCAACUGUUCAAGCCACUCACAUUGAAACAAGUUUUAAUUGAACCUAGAUCAAAGUCGCAAGUUAAAAAUUGGAUUAAAUCGUCUUUUCAUAAGUUGGAAAAGCCUAUUUCAAGGAACCGUUUAUUAAACACAAUAAGACCCAAUAAACAGCAAGGAACCGAUAAUGAACUCGCCAACUUCAUUAUACCCGACUUUGAAGAAAACGAAAUUUUACGUGCAAACUUCAACGCAAAUGGCGAAACACUUCCUAGUUUGCGUGAAUUCAUACCCCUAAUGAUACUUCACGGUAAUGCAAUAGGGAAAAAAACACUAAUACAGACCAUCAUGAAAGAAAUUGCAGGUGACGAUAACUCUUACCAAAUAUUUGAAGUUAAUUCGAACAUGAACAGGAGUAGGAAAGAUUUACUUGACACUUUAUUGGACUUCACCACUACACAUUACGUCAAGGAUUCCUCAAAAAGGAAAUACGACUACGGUCUUGUCUUAUUUAAUGACGUUGAUGUAUUAUUCAAGGAACAUGACAAAGGAUACUGGUCAAUGAUCAACAAGCUUUGCGAGUUCUCGAGGAGGCCCCUAGUGUUGGCUUGCAAGGAUUUAUCCUCAGUGCCCCGUGACUUUAUUGCCCUGGCAAGUGAGCAGAAUUCCCUGUUCCAUACCAAGAAAAUCGGUACAUCUACAGUUCAUGCAUUCUUAAAAAAAUAUCUGAAGUCCCUAGAGAUCGAAGUCUGCGAAGAUUAUCUUCAUGAUAUGAUAAAGCAAAAUAAUGCAGACGUCAGGAAAUGUUUAAUGUGUUUACAGUUUUGGUGUGCUGAUCCCGAAAGUGAUCUCAUUCUAUAUAAGAGUAGAGUACCGACGUUGGCAUCAACUUUGGAUUCAAACAUCGAAGAUAUGUCAAAAUUAACAGACCUGUUAUCUUUGAAUGAUGUCAUUGGGCAAGCAACGCGAGAUCGUUCUAUGGUAAGGCAAGAGAUAGAUUCCACCACAAUGACGCCAGAAAAAAUCUGUGCUUUUCAGAAUCCAAACAUGGACGAAGAAAUGAAAUUAAAAGCCGAUUACAUGAUAGAUUAUAAAUUGCAUUUAAAUGACCCCGAUAGACAACAAUUGCUACCAUUUGAGUUGAAUAUUUACCCAUUCAUUCAAGAACAGUUGGAAGCCCAUUCUUCGUAUAGCCGAGAAUUCAUACGAAGACUUACCCACGAGAAUAUCGCCAGUAAGUUAAAAAAAAUGACUGAAUCUACAAUAAAUUUUCUAGCUUCCAGAAUUCCAAGAAAUGACCAGCUACAGUCGACAAGGAGGACAAGAAAUUCCAAAAAAAUCUCUGACAUCCUGAAUCAAUUCAGAGGAAUUUAUACUGUCGAUACUCGAAAUGAAAAUGUAGAAUUUCAUCUCUUAAGUGCCACCGCCCGACAGAUUAGAGCAGAAAUCAAUCCCUUCGUUUUCGAAAUCGCCAAAAGUGACGCCAACGCAAAGAACGAGAACAAACAAAUAUUUGAGUUCCAUAGCGAAAAUGUAUCAGAAAGGCGAUAUAAGGACUUAAUCUACCAGUUAGCACAAGACGGUAUUUUGAAGAACGUGUGGUUCAAUGCCGACCCACGUAUAGUCGUAAGGAAAUGGGAGCAUUUACACUCUGCCGUUGCAGAACAUGAGUAG